AAUACAAUCUAAAUCUGCAUUCUGUUCUGCGAUCUCUUUUUAGUUACCUCGAACUGAACGGUGACAUUAUGAAUUUAAUUCAAGAGUUUAGAAACAAGAAACGGGAUCCUGAUGGAAAUUUCCUCUGCAUAGGAUUUUGCAAGUUAGAUGUAGUCAUUUUGUGCGAAUCCUACCCUGAAGAAAAUAAGGAUCACAGGUUCAUAUCUCAUCGAUGGCUGCGUGGUGGUAAUGCUGCAAAAGCUGCUAAUGUUUUUGUGGAGUAUGGAAGGAAGUGUGAUUUUUUUGGGCCAAUGAGCCGUGACAUGAUUGGUCAAUUUCUGAAAAAAGAUUUUGAGGAGAAUAAUAUUAUCAUCAGAAAUUUUCUUUACCGCGAAGAAGAAAGUCCUAUUUCCUAUAUAUGGCUUAAUACUGAAAAUUUAUCGAACACUAUUGUUGGUCCUUAUAAAUAUCUGCCUGAAGUUACAUACGAAGACUUUUGGAUGGUAGAUUUAAAGGAGUACACUUGGAUACAUUAUGAAAGUGGACCUGAAUUUAAAGAAAUGAAAAGGAAUUUAGAGGUCAUUAAUCGUUGGAAUGAAAAUGCAAAAAAUAAUUACGUAACAGUUUCUAUUGCAAUUGUGGAUCCCAGUCCAGCACAAGCUGAAUUGAUUGGCCUUGCAGAUGUUAUAUUUAUAUCAAAAGAGUUUGCUGAAACUUGGGGAAUUCCAAACUCGACGGCUGCAGUGGACAAGUUUAGACGUCUUUUAAGAUUACAUGCUGUCCUCAUUUGUUUCUGGAGUGGUACAGCAUCUGCUAGAGAAUAUGCUGGUCCUUUAUAUUAUUCAGAUUGUCGUAAUACAGGAGGGCAUGUCAGCACUUUAGAUGCUGAUGAAACAUUCACUGUUGUCACAAUUCUAUGUCUGAUGAAAGGAAACGACAUGGAAACUGCUAUUAAAAUGGGAUGUAAUGCUGCUGGCACAAGAUGUAGCAAACAUGAUGUUAAAGGACUAUCAAAGUUAUACCCAAUUCAAUUGGUUAUUGAUGGAAAGGUUAUGAAUGCUGAUGAAGAAGUUUUGAAAGAAGCUUCAAAGACUGUGAAAGAAAUUUUGAAUGCUGUUGAAGAGGUUUUUAAUGAUGAAAAAAAAGAAAUUUUGAAUACUGUUGAAGAUGUUUUGAAUUCAGUUGAAGGGAUUUUUAAUGCUGAAGUAGAAGUUUUAAAUGCUGAUAAAGAAGUUUUGAAUGCCCAAGAAGAGGGUUUGAAGAUUAUUAAAGAGGUUUCGUAUGCUGAUGAAGAGGAUCUGAAUGCUGACAAAGAUGAUAUGAAUGCUGAUAAAAAUGAUUUAAAUGCUGAUGAAAAUAAUGCUUAAAGUAAAUGACUAAUUUUUGCCAUAAUUUCUUUGCAAAUGACUUUUAAAAGUACCUUGAUUUGUAAUUGAGAUAUA